UGACUUAAUCAAACUAGAUCAACUUCUAACACAUUAAGUUUAAAAACAAGAUGAGAGAAACCGAACCAUGUGAGUUAUGGCCUCUAGAAUUGAAAAUGGUAACCAAUCUCUUUUAUACUUGGAGAACUUGACGCUCCCCACGUUUCAAGUUGUGGUAAUAGCAGCAAAUAUGGGGUGUAAUGGUUGCCAAGAAAGAGUUUCCAGAGUUGUAUCAAAAAUUACUGGGUUGACAGAGUACACAAUAGAUGUGCGCAAGCAUGAAGUAACUGUUAAGGGAGAUUUCAUGGUGCGUUGCGACUUCCAGGAUAAACCCUUUAGAAACAGCACCCUGAAGAGUGCAACUAAUCAACCAAGGUCCUUGCUUGCCUGUUUAGCUCAAUUUGGCAAAUAUAAAUGUAACAUAAAGUAGAUCCUAGCAGCUAGAGGAUUCAAAUUGUAAGGUUCAAUUUGUUCUAUGUUAAUAGUGUAUUGCAAUGCAAGACUAUACUAACUGCAUGGAAUCAAAAGAGGCUGCCAAACUAGAAUACGAGAACAACACGGGCACAGGAGCUACGCACAUAGAGAUGAAAGGAAGCAAUACUAGUCACAGUCAAAGACAAAAGUUACAGAAUGAAACAGCCAGAGAGAAAGCCCUGAAGAUUUAUGUUACUUGUGGUUGAAUCGACAACUUGAUUUUACCAGAUAGUCACUAGAUGAACCACAAAAGAAACAAUAAACUUUAUCUCUUAAGUUACAAAAAGAAUGCAUGUCACCCAAAGCAUGAGUCGGUUCACAUUAAGAGUAACAAAAGACCCACAACUUCCCCUAAAGUUUUCUACUUUCAAAUGUUAUCCACCCAAAAAUACAAGGAGUAAUAAAAAAGAAAAACCAACACCUGAUUAAUUGAUCUACUUUAACUUUCAUCACAAUUGCUUGAAUAGUCAGGAACAAAGUAAAAAUCUAUGGUGAAACCAAAUCCUGCAAAUCCUUAGGUCUUCUUCAUGAGAUAGCCCAUGAUUAGGCCAAGUAAACCAAUUAAUAUGACAACGAUAAAUGACACUCCACCACGAUUUUUGUUGCCUUCACGUUUCAGCAGCUCCUACAAGUAAUAAACUUUUUCAUUCAAUAAGUGUUUCAAGUCCAUAACUAAUAUUGAAAGAACUGGUUGAUGACAAUAGCAGAACUAGUCUUAAGUCUCAACAUAAAGUGAUGAAACAACAAAAGUAUAUCUAGAAUAUGUAUGGUGAAUCCUCACCAGUUCCUGACGGAGCUUGCUAAUUUGUUGAAUUGCAGUAUUCUUUUCUUCAGUCAGCCUUGAGAUGAGAGCUCUUGCCUGCAAUAAAGCAAAUGUAAUCAGAACAGAGUUGCCAUACUCUACUAACUCUAAAUUACAGGCACAGU